AUGCGCUGGCUGCACAAUCCCGCCCAAACAGGCAAACGUUUUGAGCUCCGCUGCCUCGUGCGCGCCUCUUACGUUGCUUUCGCGCCUCUCCCUCCUCCGCUACUUACCUCAACACACACUGCCUGCCUCUCCCUGCAUGACCAUGUAGAUGCUGAACACCGCCUUGAGAUCUACCACUCGAGACAAGCCAUCCAUGCCGCAUACUAUCCUAACUCCCACGCCUCCCGCGUUGGACUCGAACUCGCGCCCGCCGCGAAUCCCGCCGCAGAUGCGCACGGAUCCCCGAGUCCAACGCGCAGGAAGGCGCCGCUCCACAAGUUCGGCAACGAGGGCGACAGCCUCAAAGACGGCGUGGCCGCGGUCGACGAAGAACUCGGAACAGCAUGCCCGUGCCAAUACGGCGCGCGCCCGACGUCCCCGGCGUCCCCUCGGUCGCUCACCGACUCGGUGUACACGGGCUGCGACGACGCGGUGUCGACCCUCCCGCUGUCAUACCUCUUCUGGCUCGCCGUGUCAGAACUACAGCAGUUCCCGCCCCCGUUCCAGGCGCCAAUGAUUGAAGACCUCACGUGGCUCUCGCUCUCCCUUCCGGUGAUCCCCAUGCCCGCCGUACCGCCAUCGACGUUCCAGAGGCUGAGCCAAGGGUCGGGCGUGCCCAGCGCACUGCUCGUCGUGGACCCUGAUCGGCACUCGAUGAUGACGGUGACGACCACGACCACGACGAUCCUGGGUGAGGAGUGGGCGUCGCCUCCUCACCCGCAUCCCCCUGUCUGUAUCACUCGCAUCUCCCGUGUCACCCCCAUCGCCCGUGUCGGCGGAUGCUUGCCGUAG